AUCAAAGGUAGGUUUGUCACCUGGAGCCAGCAACUCAAAGAGGACCUGCAGCCGUGCCCAGAGGUGCAGCGAGCAGGUGCCAGCACCCAGCUGGGGGUGGCGGCCCCGCAGAGGCCAGCAGUCAGCCACUGGAGUGCAGAGAGAGCUCCCUGGGCAAGAGCCAUGGACCGGCCACCCCUCUGCUGGCUGUGGAUUCUGGGGAUCCUGACAGGGCUCUCGGCCACCCCAGCCCCCAAGUGCUGUCCAGAGAAGCACUACUGGGCCCCGGGAGAACUGUGUUGCCAGAUGUGUAAGCCAGGGACUUUCCUCGUGAAGGACUGUAACAGACAUGGAGGGGCUGCUCAGUGUGAUCCAUGUAUACCGGGCACCUCCUUCUCACCAGACCACCACAUCCGGCGCCACUGUGAGAGCUGUCGGCAUUGUAACUCUGGUCUCCUCAUUCGAAACUGCACCCUCACCGCCAAUGCAGAGUGCGCCUGUCCCAAGGGCUGGCAGUGCAGGGACAAGGAGUGUACCGAGUGUGAUCCUCCUUCAAACCUUUCACUGCUGCCUCGCCCAUCUCCUCCAGCCUCAGACCCACACCGACAACCCACUCACUUACCUUACGCUGAAAAGAUGCCAGAGGCCGGGACAGUCCGGCAGGUGCAGACUCUAGCUGAUUUCAGGUGGCUGCCUGCCCCAGCUCUCUCGACCCAUGGGCCACCGCAGCGGUCCCUGUGCAGCACGGACUGCAUCCGCAUCUUUGUGGUCCUCUCUGGAAUGUUUCUUGCUUUCACCACGGUCGGAGCCCUGUGCCUCCAUCGACAAAAAAAACAUGGACUAAACAAAGAAGAAAGUCCAGUGAGACCUGCAGAGCCGUGUCCUUACAGCUGCCCCAGGGAGGAGGAAGGGGGCGCCAUCCCCAUUCAGGAAGAUUACCGAAAACCAGAGCCUGCUUCCUACCCCUGAGCCUGCUGGGGGGCAGGGAAGUCAUCACUACAACAAAACCCCAGCCUCCAUCCCACCCUGUCGCCUUCCGGGGUGGGGGGUGAGACCUGGCACCCCCAGUUUCAGUACCAUCCGCUCAUCAGGACCCUCUCCUGUGUGCAAGCCUUGAGAAAGUGCCUUUUGGAGACUGGCAGUGACAAGGACGCGAGGGAGUGCGGUGGUGGGUGGGUCACAGGAGCCCCGGCUCCGCCAGCUUCACCCCUGCGCCGCCCUGGAGGGCUGCGGCCCUAGCUGGAAAACACGUUUUCUGCCUAUGAAACCCCACGUGCUGUAUCACUGACAGAAAUCCGGCAAAAUAAAGUGACGGCCAGCCACACGCA